AUGGAGUCCAACCUUGACUCUGUCGGCAGCGCCAAGUUCAUCAGCGUUGCAGACGCCCAGUCAGCGUACUGGCAGAUGCCUGUUCAUCCUGACCACGUCGAAAAGACAGCCUUUGUCACCAACUCUGGCAAGUACUGUUACAAGCGGAUGCCGUUUGGUGUUUGUAAUGCCCCAUGGAUUUUUACUGAGAUGGCCCAUAAAACGAUAGGCCAUAUUCCCGAAUUGUUGAUUUACAUGGAUGAUUUCUGUGUGCUUUCAGCAACUUUCGAGAAUCAUAUGAAGUCUUUGGAGAGCAUGUUCGUAGCUCUCCAAGCAGCAGGUCUGACAUUGAAACCUUCGAAGAUUUCGUUUGGCCCCAAGUCCAUCGAGUAUUUGGGACAUAUUAUUUCGGCUGAAGGUAUUUCUGUCGGGAAGGAUCGUAUCAAAGCCGUCCAAAACCUUCCUACUCCUCGUUGCCUAAAAGAUCUUCGCUCAGUACUCGGGGUGGUUAAUUUUGUGCGCCGGUUCAUACCGGAUAAUGCAGAAAUAACCAAUCCGUUGGUGGAGUUAAGUCACAAAAAGUACGCCACAAAAUCACGUUUCGUAAAAGCUUGGAACAAAUCGCACGACGCAUCGUUCGCUCAUCUAAAGCGGUUAUUAACUUCAGCGCCCGUUCUACACUUCCCAGACUUCGAUCGGGAAUUCGUAGUUCAUGUGGAUGCAUCCGAACAUGGGUGUGGCGCGUUUCUUGCCCAGCCGUCCAAGGCUGAUCCAGAAUCUCUUGACAUGAUUGCGUAUUAUAGUCAUAGAUUCAAACAUGGACAGCGUCAUUACUCUGCGUCUAUGAAAGAGUGUUGCGGUGUGGUUCUUGCAAUUUCGCAUUGGCGA